AUGGCCUGGCUGCUCCGCAUUGCCUGCAUCCUGGUCUGCUGCCCCGCGCUGCUGCAGGGCAAAGCUUCAGAGUACCAGCUGGAGUCAGAGACACUGAGCCGAUGUGAGCUGCUGAGAGGCGUCGCUGUUGCCAAAGAGCAAGAUGAGAUCCCUCACUGCACUGAGGACGGCAGGUUCAGACCUGUGCAAUGCAGUGGGCGGGGUCAGGAGUGUUGGUGUGUCGACACUGAAGGUCAGGAGGUCAUCGGGACUCGAACCAGCAGCUCAGCUCCUCACUGCCCGUCUCCCUGCCAGCUGCAGGCCGGCCUGCGGUGUUCGCCUUCAGGCCUCUUUGAGCCAGUUCAGUGUGACUCCAGCAGGGGGCAGUGCUGGUGUGUGGAUCGGGACGGCAUGGAGCUCUACGGGACCAGACAAGACGGGAGACCCCGCCGCUGUCCUGGCGGCUGUGAGGUGAGGUCCAGGCGGCUCCUUCACAGCUCCUCCAGGUCGUCUUCUCCUCCUCAGUGUGCUGAAGAUAGCAGCUUCCUCCCGGUCCAGUGUAAAUUCAUCAACACCACAGACAGAACAGAGCUGGACCUGCUGCACGCCUUCAACAGGUUUCCAGAAGCCUUUGAGACUUUCAGCAGCUUCAGGAAGUUUUUCCCGCUGGUUUCCUCCUACUGCUUCUGCUCAGACAGCCGAGGCCGAGAGCUGGAGAACACAGGUGUGGAGCUCCUCCUGUCUGAGGUGUACGACUCGGCGUUCUCUGGUCUUCGCUCCGGUCACUCCUUCUCUCAAACCAACAUCUACCGAGUCCUGCAGAGGAGGAUGCUGGGAGUCCGCCUCGCCCUCACAGGACACUUCAGAUGUCCAUCUCCCUGCGAGGAGGAGCGGCGAGCAGCAAUGGAGGCGAACAGCGUGUUCAUCCCGUCCUGUGAGAGCGGAGGAGCCUUCGCCUCCAAACAGUGCCAGCUGGGGGGGCAGUGCUGGUGCGUUGACCCCGCGGGGAGUGAGCUUCCUGGGACUCGACAGCACGGAGACUCCCUGACCUGCAGUUCAGGUCCAGCUGACUGCCGCUCUCAGCGUCGUCUGGCUCUGUCCCGUCUCUUCUCUGGUCCCGUUGAGCCUCCUUUUCAGGCCUCCUCUGGUAGCCCUCCAGCCUCCUGUCUCUCCCUCCUCCAGCCUCUCAGGGACCUCCUCCCAGUAGACUCUGACCCCACCUCCUUUCUGUCUCAGCUGGUCGAAGUCCUGCAUGGCCUGUUCCCCUCUGUGGGCGGGGCUCUGCAGGCUCUGACUCGCUCCUCCCCCCAGCGCUUCCAGGAGAAUCUGUUUGGAGGGAAGUUCCUGAAGAACGCAGCAGCUUUUAACUUCAGUGGGGCGGUGGGAUCUCGGGGAGCUCUCAGUCUGGACCGGCCAUCCUCUCAGACCCUCGCUGUCCGCCUGCAGAGGAACCAGGACCUGGUCCAGUCUGUCAGCAGAGCCCUGGAGGACCCCGCCUUCCUCUCCACCCUCCAGCAGACGCUGACGGGUCUCAGCAGCUCUCAGUCUGCCUCCGUGGAACAGGUCCUCGCUCCUCUGCUGCGCUCCUGCUCCGCUGGUGAUGACGAUGACCUGGCGGCCAUCUUUGUUCCCAGCUGCACACAGAGCGGUGCUUUCCAGGAGGUCCAGUGUCAGGGUGCAGAGUGUUGGUGUGUUGACCCUCAGGGGCGGGAGGUGAAGGGGUCUCGGACCGUCGCUCGACGACCUCGCUGUCCGUCCCCCUGUGAGAGAGCGCGGGCGGUGGCCCUCGAGGUGAGAUCGAACAUGGCGGCUGGUGCUGAAAUCCACAUCCCGGCGUGCUCGCAGGACGGAGACUUCCUGCCGCUGCAGUGCGUCGGCUCACGGUGCUUCUGCGUGGACGCUGAUGGGAAGACAAUGACUGCUGGGCCAGCAGGGGGCGCUGUCACGUGUCCAGAGAGAAAAGCACAGACGCUUCGAUCCUCUGCAGGUCGGUGCUCGAAGGCGUUGGCCGAGGUCGAGACCUUCAGACAGGAAGUGAAGAGCGUCGUCUCGCUCUCUAACUCCUCCCACAUCCCUCUGGGAUAUGGAUUCCUACUGGCCGAAGGUCUGCGUCUGACCCGUGAGGAACUCCAGAUCAGCCAAUCAGAGGAGGAACUGCAAGUUUCUGAGACGCUACUGAGGCGCCCCAGAGCUGCUCUGCGAUUGGCUGCUUUCUCCACUGUUCAGAUGCUGCUGCCUCCUCAGCGUCGCUCGUACCAGCCGUUUACUCCUCGGUGUGACGCCGACGGACGCUGGCUGCUCACGCAGUGUUACCACAGCACAGGUCAGUGUUGGUGUGUCGAUGAAGACGGAGAGUACAUCUCUGAUUCUCUGACCAGCCGCUCGCUCAGCCUGCCCAAAUGUUUGACUCGCUGUCAGAGAGCAAAGGCUCGCUCCCUGCUCUCCGGUUGGAUGAAAGGCUCUGACAUCACCACUUCCUCACCUUACCACCCAACCUGUGAGCAGGACGGUCGUUUCUUGGUGCUGCAGACAGGGGGCGCUGCAGGCUGGUGCGUGAACCCUCUGAGUGGAGGGACGAUACAAACGGCAACACCAAACGCAACAGGACAGCUGACAUGUCCCAGCUGGUGUCAGCUACAAGGACUCCAGUGUCGCCCUGAUGGCUCCUUCACUCCUCUUCAGUGUGAUGUCACUUCCUGCUGGUGCGUGUCCGAGAAUGGACAAGAAGUGGGCAGGACGAGAACAUCUCGACAGACAGGCCGCACGCCAUCAUGUGACCGUCCUCUGUGCCCCGCCCCCAUCAUUACCCAUGGUGCACUGGUGUGCCGCCCACCAGCUGAUGGACGCCAGAGCUGUGACCUUGCUUGUUACCAUGGCUACCAGAACUCACUUGCUAUCAGCAGCUUCCUGUGUGAGACUGCGAGUCGGAGAUGGGAUGCAGACCAGAAGCCGCUGAGCGGAGCCUGUCAAAUCUCUCGGCCUCCGCAGUCCGUGUCCGCCUCGCAGCUCUGGGUGUUGCCCUCGUCCUGCUCCCAGAUCAGCCGGUUACAGUCUCUGCUGUUCAACACAAUGACCAGCAGGGGGCUCUGUUCUGCACAGCUUCCCUCAUCAGGCCGCGCUGUGUCGCUAUGUGACGACUCCUCGGUGACUCUGCAGUGUGACGGUGACAACUCGCUGAGGUUGACGGUGAGAUGGAGCGCUGCUCUCUAUGACCUCCCGACCUCUGACCUCCCAGACCUCCAUGACGUUGGUCUCUUCCUGAAUGAGUCCAGACUUCUGGAGGGACUUCAGGGAAUUCUGCGCUCCGUGUUGUCAUCAGAGCCCAAACUGGUUUCUGUGACUACACCGAGCUUCGGCUGUUCCCAUGGUUACCAUCUGGACAGUGACGGCGAGGGCUGUGUCGUUUGUCCUGCUGGCAGUUUCUCCCAGGAGGGGGUGUGUCAUCUGUGUCUUCAGGGGACCUAUCAGGACGAAGAGGGGCGGGACUUCUGCAACAGGUGUCCCACAGGGUCAUCACCUGCUGGAGCAUCAUCUGUCAAAGAAUGUGUGACCGAGUGCCAGAGGCGGGGCCUGCGGUGCUCACAGCGAGGUGACUUCCUGCCAGCGCAGCCGGAUGUCCUCGCGGGCAGGUGGAGGUGCUUCAACAGCGUGGUGGAGCUCGAGUGGAGCAGCAGCGAAAAGGUUCUGACUGAUGACGAGUGCUCAGUUCUCAGGAGGUUUCAAGCUGUUCCCAGAUCAGACCUGAUUGUUGGAGCUGCAGAUGCUGAAGUGCUGCAGACGAUGACCUCUGACCUCACUGCCUGUGUCCGGGCGUGUGCAGCACAGCCUUCCUGCCACCAUGUGGCGUUAUUCAACAGCCAGACUCAGUGUGAACUGUACAGCACACACAGCCUGAACACACACUGCAACACCUCCCAGCAGGCCACUGGUUUUCUGGGUAAUGCUCAGGCUGAGCUGUUUGAUUCGCUAAGCUGCUAUCUGAGAGUGAGGGGCGGAGCUUCAGAUCUGCUGGUCAUCAGAAAGAAAGAUGCAGAGUUUUCCUCGCAGCAGCACAGUUUUGUGAGGAUGAGGAUGAUGAAGGCGGUCUCAGGUGUGUUCAGGACUCAGGUGUUCUCCUCCAGGCGGACCUCUCUUUCCGACGCUCAUCGUUUCUGUCAGGACGGCUGCAGCCGCGACACCUGCUGCGACGGAUUCAUCCUUAACCAGAACAGCCUGGAGGGAGGUACCCUGCUCUGUGGCUGGUUGAGAGCUCCAUCAGUGCUGACGUGCGGGGACCAGGACUGGGAUGUGAUUGGUCAGGGAGCGGCCAAACGCACUUGCGGGGCGGGGCUUACCUACAACGAGCAACAACGCAGUUUUGUGUUUGACUUUGGAGGACAGAAGUUCACCAUCACUGAUUCUGCUCUGCCAGCUGACAGCAAGAACAAGAAGGACUAUCAGGCCUCCAUCAUCAGCUUCCAAGCCAUCUACCUGAACACUGCUUCGGCCGUCGGUGGUUCUGGUUCUUCUUCGUGUGCUGCAGCUGAGCUCAGCCCUCCUCUGGACGCGUCAGUUCAGCUGAAGUUUGCGUCUCUGUCUGAGGACGACGUUCUCGUGGAUCCUCAGAGGAAGCUGCCCGUUCUCUCCUUCUGGCUCAACAAGAACAACUACAACUCCCAGCAGGCACAGCUGUGGUGUCUCACGCGUUGUGAAGAGGAGCUGCAGUGCUCCAUUGCUGACCUCAGAGAUGCUGACUCGGCAGGUUUCUUCAGCUGCUCGUUGUAUCCGGACAGCAGAGUUUGUGGAGCUUACGAUAAACCUCUGAGACGACCCUGCAGGCCCCUGCUGGACAGAGCGCCCAACAACACCUACAGCAAGAAGGUGGAUCUUUCUGGACCGGUGAAGAGUUUCUAUGAGAGAGUUUCCUUCAAGAAGAUGGUUUCUUACUCUGUACGCAGCCGAGUCAGCCUGAGAGAAAACACACCGCUGUCUGAGGGGUUCAUGGAGUGCGAGCGCCGUUGCGACGAGGAUCCCUGCUGCCGUGGCGUCGGCUUUGUCCGUGACACCAAAUCCAGAGGGUCUGAUGUGGUGUGUUUAGCUCUGAUUAGUCUCGGGGUUCAGACCUGCAGCGAAGACAACGUGACGACCUGGAGGACUCAGGACUGCAGACCGUCAGCAGUGAAGACCACACCGGACCCCUUUGGCUGGUACCAGAAACCCGUGAAUCAGUGGAGUUCGUCUCCUGCUCUCUGUCCUCCGUUCAGCCUGCCACCGACCGAAACCAACAUUUCGCUGGACGACUGGAGUCUCCUCGCCGACUCUUCAGUCCUCGUCGACCCGUCUCUCUCUACCUAUGAUGUCAUCCACGUGAGCCGUGAUAUCGCCGAUGACAGAGAUAUGACCAGGGACUGGUGUCUCCAUGCCUGCCAGGAGGCGGAGUCUUGUGUGGCUGUAUCACUCAGUGAGGUGGAGUCCGCCACACGCUGCAUCCUGUACCCUGACACAACAGUCUGUGGCCUAAGCUCCGCCCCUGAAUCCCCCGCCUCAUCUUCCUGUCAACUGGUCGUGAGAGAGCCCGCCCCCCAGGUGUACCUGAGACGCGGUGCUUUCCCAGAGCCGUCACGUACUUCCGUCUCUAUCCCGGGCCAGGGGGUGCUGCAAGGCAUAGCCAUGGAAACAGCACUGGCAUCAGACAGGAGGACAGUCAUUCAGUUCCUCGGAGUCCCGUACGCUCGUCCUCCAAUAGGAUCGCUCCGCUUUGAAGCAGCUCAGCCGGCUGAGUGGAUGGGAACCUGGGACGCCACCAAACCACGCCCCAGCUGCAUCCAGCCUGGUGACGUAGCCUCUGCAGCCUCCAGUGAGGACUGUCUCUACCUCAACAUCUUCACUCCUGCUGACCUGAGGGGGCGUGUUCCAGUCCUGGUUUUCUUCUUCAACCCUUCGGCCAAUGAGAACCCAGGAAUGUUGGAUGGCUCCACCCUCGCUGCUGUGGGUAAUAUCGUCGUGGUAACAGCGAGUUACCGGACGGCGGCGCUGGGAUUCCUGAGCACAGGUGAGUCUGGUCUCCAUGGUAACUACGGCCUCUCGGACCAGGAGGCAGCGCUGCGCUGGGUUAAAGACCACAUCUCGCUGAUGGGCGGAGACAACAGCAGAGUGACGGUGGGGGCGGAGCGUGGUGGUGCUGACAUCACCAGCCUUCACCUCCUGUCUUCGUCUCGUCCUCUGUUCCUGAGGAUGAUGCUGAUGGGCGGGUCAGCGUUUUCUCCAUCACUGGUUCAGACUCCGUCCACCUCCAGACGUCAGGCCCUCGAUCUGGCCAAGGAGGUCGGCUGUGUGACCUCUGAGCUCGCGGCCUGCCUCCGAGCAACAUCUGUCCACACGCUCAACGCCGCUCAGACAAAGCUGUUGGCGGUCAGCGGGCCGUUUCAGUCCUGGUCUCCGGUCCGUCAGUCCGUCUCUCGGUCGUCCUUCCACAGAGUGGACCUGCUGCUGGGAACAUCAGAGCACGAUGGUCUGAUCAGUCGUGCUCGCAAGAUAAAGGACUUUGAGUCUCUGCAGGGCCGAGCUGACAGCAAGACGGCAUUUUACGAGGCUCUGAGCCGCUCGCUGGGCGGAGCCACGGGAAAUGAGCUGCUGAAGGAGGCGGCGGCGUGGUUCUACUCGUUGGAUCACAGCCCCUCAGCUGCUGGAUACAACCUGUUCUCCAGAGCGCUCAACAACGCCACCAGAGACCUGUUCAUCAUCUGUCCCACGCUCCAGAUGGCGAGUCACUGGGCUGAGAGCAAAGCUAACAUCUUCCUGUACCACCAACCGGCCUCCAGCGCUCACGACAGGGCCGACGUUUACCUUCCUCUGGACGUUCAGCUCGCCUUCGGGACACCUCAUCAUCCAAUGAGCUCUCAGCGCUUCACCUCCUCUGAUCGGCGCCUCUCUCUUGCCAUGAUGACCUACGUCUCCAGCUUCAUACGGAGCGGGAACCCAAACCCAUCCCGAUCGUGGGCGGAGUCAGUUCUGCCCCGCUGGCAGCCAGUGCUGUCCUCAGAGGCUCUGCCCACCUACCUGGAGCUAAGCACCAACCUCCAUCAUCAGCGGGGUUUGAGUCAGAGCUCCUGCUCCUUCUGGACCCAACUGGCGCCCAAACUGGCGAGUCUGACAGGUACGUCGGGGGCGGAGCCUGUUCAGCCUGCGCUGACCCCUGAACUCCCAGUGGCUACUCCAUCCAGCCAAUCCCAGACUGAGAAAGAUGCCUACAGCUAA